AUGCCCUGGCACAAAAAAAGCAUCGACCCCACCUUGUGGGCUGCUGCUGGCGAGCCAGCGCAGGGCAUCUUGCACUUCAAGACCAAGAAUCCUGUUCUUGAAGGCAAGGCAUCCUGCGCUGUGGCGCCGCAGGGCAUCCUGAAACUGGGAGACAAGCUGGGGGACGAACCGCGCGGAGGCCACGUGUCAGACGGAAAGCGCCGUGUCAGACAACGACGGCCCGAGUCGGCCGCGUAUGGGACGGCGGGCACGCCAGAAGAAGCGCGGACGCGGAGCCACGUGUCGGACGGGAAGCGCUGCGGGCGGCCGGAGGACUUCCGUGCGAUUGUCACGGCCUUCGAGGUGCUCACAGACUCUCAGCGCCGGGUCGAGUACGACAGGUCCCUCAACGCUGCUGGCAAUGCCGACGGAGGAAAUCGCGGCGAAGCGGGGGACUUGGAGGAAGAGCCGGAUGUCGUCGCGGACGAGCUCGCAGCCCAACGCGCAGUGCGGGAGGCCCUGAUCCGCCUCACCUCCGCCCGCAAGUCGGAGCAGGGGAAAAUCCUCCAGGCGCUCCGCACCAAGGUCCUGGAGGAGGUGAUGGAGUUUGUGCGCUCCACGCAGGUGAGGAGCCAGCCUCUGCAACCCGGACGUGUUGAGCUGCAGCGGAGCGGCGGGAGCAAAAAGCCGCUGUCGCUGGCUGGCAUUUACAACGACACCAAGGGGAGAUACGCUGUGGAGAUGUCUUGGCAUGGUUUGAGCAUGCGAACGCAGAUCACCUGCUCCCUGGCAGAAGCCAUUGGCUGGCACAUCACCCUCACCCAGCUCAAGGCGAGAGCCUGCGAACGGAUCCAUCAAGGUGUGAGCGUCGCAGUGCCCUUGACCCAGGAGGAGCUGGUCAUGGGCUACCGCGCCAGCCCCACCAUGGUGCUUAGCUUCAUUUGUCGCCUGGACGAAGACGAGGCGCCGGCCACGCCGGACCUCGCCCUGGCCUUGCGGAUCAAGCGUCGCGCCGACGAGGUGCGCGCGAUGCAGGCGGAUCCCCUGAACCGCGCCGCAGGGCAGAAGAUCCGACAUUUGAAACGAGAGGUCCUGGCCCUCACAGAGCGUGAGGCCCAGGAGCGGCAACAGGAGGAGAGCGCCAUCCUUUUGGCCAUCUCCAACGAGCUCUUGGUGCGGCACCGGAGGUCGGAAAACUCGGAGUGGAAGGAGGAGGCGGAAACGGCCAUGGAGCUUUGCCAGCAGCUGGGUCUGGAGUCGCUGGGUUUGCAGGUCUCGGUCGCGAAGCUGCAACACCUGGACCACGAGCAGAAAAACGCCACCCGCGCGCUGCUGGUGGGCGACUUAGCCCUGCGACUACGUCAACACUCCGGUGGGGACGGCAGCGUUUCGCCGCCACUGCCGCUGCCUCUGCAGGCGGCCGCCUACCGCUCCGUGCAUCCGCCCGGGCAUGUCCCAGCGGCCGUGGCCGCCGCAAUCGCCGCGGCCAGGACGGCCAAAGCGGUGCGCAGCGGGGAAUCUACACCGAUCUCCGGGGAGGUGACACCCAACGGCUCGAACGGAGGGAAUCCGCCCCCAAAGAAGCGGCGAGCGGAGGGCACGAGCCCGAGCUACCAACUUCCUCCAGACCGCCUGCGGGCGUUGCGCAGCCCCCUGUUGCCUUCCUCCCAAUUCGGGCGGCCGGACGCAGUGCUGCGCUCGCUGCUGGGGUUUUCGGCGCUGCUGGAGUGGUUCAGCCUGCGGGCCUGCAGCCGUGUGGUCCGCGCCAUCGCGGACGCGAACUUGGCGCGGUGCUUCAACGACUUUGUGUACUGCGCCGGGCUCUUCCAGUGGAGAACCUCCGCAACGCCACGGCCCUCAGCGAGUGCCGCAGCGCGCUUCGGGCGCUUCCUCUGCAGCACGCACUUCCAAAGCUUGUUCGCCUACAUGGAUUUGAGCACGGCGCCCGUUGCAACCUUGCAGGACCCCAAGGUCCAAGUGGCGCUGUCUCAGAUGCCCCGCCUCAAGGACGUGGUCUUCCCCUCUGAGGGCUGGUCCAAGGGGGGCCGGGACCGCUUCCUGUCCUGUCUGCCCCCCGGGACCUCAGCCUGGGGCAGCGGCCGGUGAUUUCGAUCCCUCGGUUCGCCCCGGUUACCCGGUUUGGUGUUUGUU